AUGCUGCUCCACAUUUUCGCUCUUCUGGCCCUAGCCCUAAUGGGUGGAAUUUCAGCAGAGUACAAAAGCUAUGACGGGUAAGCUUGCAUCCGUAUUCUCUGCAGUAUAUCCUUGAAUUCAGGUUCAAAAUUCUCGAGGUCAAUUAUCAAGAGCCACGGGUGAAGAAGUUUGUUCAGGAGAUCGAUCAGCAUCUCGGGUUUAUGGUGCGUUUUGGCUCCGUUCCACUGCAAACCCGCUCACUUUCAGCCGGAUUUCCUGGGCGAGAACUGGAAACUGAAGCAGGCGCACUACUUUAUAGACAAAGAUUCGGUGUCAAAAGUGGAGUCGAACUUUGCCGCCAACAAUAUUACGUAUCGGAUGAGAGGUACGACAGAGAAUCUCGAGCGGCGGUGUAACAAUCGUGUUCAGACGUCAACCCGCAGACUUUCAAAGUGCGUCGGCGACGAGAUCUCAACGGAGGCGCCGUCACCAUUCAUGACGUCAACAAUCGGUAUUUGAGUUAUGACGAGGUGGCGUUCACCUUGAAUUCUCUUCGAAGGAAAACUUUUUCAGCAAAUGCAAUUCGUCAACUCGAUUUCCCAGCAAUUCCCGCAGAUUGUGAAGCUUCAGAACUUGGGAAGAUCCUACGAAGGACGCUCGAUCACUGCUGUUCGCGUGAGUUAUUCUCCUUCUUAUUGAUUGCCAGUAGAGCGCACUUUCCUUUUUUUCUCCAGAUUGGCGACGACGGAACGGACAAACCGAUCGUCUGGAUUGACGCGGGAGUUCAUGCGAGAGAGUGGAUCUCGUACAACGUGGCACUCUACCUGGUGUACACGAUAGUAAGCCAGCCGACGUUCCGUGAUCUCAUUGACCACGUGCAACUGGUGGUCGUGCCAAACACCAACCCGGACGGCUACGAAUACUCGCGCACGCAUGAUCGGAUGUGGCGCAAGACACGUUCGCGCUUCACGAACAGCCGAUGCGGCGGCGCCGACGCCAACCGCAACUAUCCGUUCUUCUGGGGAACGAAGGGCGUCAGCCACAUGGAGUGCUCCGAGAUCUUCUGCGGAACUCGCCCACAAUCCGAACCGGAGGUCUUGGCGUUGACGAAUGCGAUUCAGAGAGAGGAGGCGCGCAUCAAGGGCUACGUCGCGUUGCACUCGUACGGACAAGAGAUCCUGUAUCCGUGGGGACACACGAUGCAUCAGUACCCGGCCGACGUGCAGGACUUGAUUCAGGUUCGUGACGGUUUUGGUAUCAAGUGGCCUACAAUUGAGUAAAAUGGCUUAGAAUCCUCUUGGGCAUGGGUCUAAAAAUGGCUCCUAAAGCCGCUAGAGGUGCUAGAGACAAAACUCAAUGUUUUAGGUGGGAAAAGCGAUGGCGACGGCUAUAAAAGCGGUCAAUAACACUGAUUACACGGUGGUCAACAGCGGAGACGGCCUUUGUGAGUUUGAUAUUCCAGAAAAUUGUAAACUUUUCCAAGUUCGACACUUUCAGACCCAGCUGCGGGAGCAUCGGAUGACUGGGCCAAAUCGCGCGGUAUCAAGUACUCGUACACGAUGGAAUUGUCGCCGGUGGACGACGAGUAAGCUCUUCAUACUCUCAGAAGACCUUCAACGCCACUCAUUUCAGAACCGGUUUCUCCCUGCCCGAGGAUCGCAUCAACCAGGUGAACCGGGAGGCGUUCCAGGCGAUUCAAGUUCUGAUGCUCGAGGUCAGAUCAAAGUUCGGCGCCGUUCGGAAGAUGGCCACCAAUUCUGCCGCCUCGACGCGCUCCGCCCAAUCUUCGCUGCUUCUGAAUCGGUUCCGCACGACGAUCAGUCGCGGGUUUGGGAGGGGAUGA